AUGUCAUGUCUCUUAUACUAUCAUUGCAUUAUUGAUUGUGAACACGUAACAUUACGCAUGCAGAUGUAUCCGACCUCAAGUACCCUUCGAAGGGUAACGGCCUCUCAGAAAAUGCAAACUGACAGACAUGUAAUAAAACAAAACGCGCCACCAUGGGACAUCCCGCGGGACCGAGCUCUUGCCUUUGCACCUGUACAGCGUUCAAGAAAGAGCAACAUGCGGUCCUCGUCAACAAGGGCAUGUGCCGAAUUCGCACUGCGGCUAAUCAUAACACGUGUAAUACAGACGCGUGCUACCAUCAACGUCAACUGUAAAGGGGACGGUGGACAAGCAUAUGCGCUUUUCUACGCCAUGUCGAUUUGCCGUGGAAGCAUGGCCGCCGCCAAUCCUCGUCCGCCAUCAGCUCAGUCGCUUUGGUCUCCAGCGAUCCAUAUUUCACCAGAGUGCAACCCACUGCUGUCCAACCUUGCCUUCUUCUCUCCGCCAAUCCUCUCUCGUCGCCCACUCGCUUCCGUUCCGAAAUCCCUCCCAAAUACACAACGCGUACUCCAUCAGUUGCCAGGAAUCCAUGUCUCCAGACUCUGGAGACCAGAGUGGUCUCUCUUCGAUGCCCUCUUACGCCGGCCUCUUCAAAAACUAACGCCUUCACCGCACUGCUUGCCACCGUUCCUACGUUCCUACACACGGUCUCCGUAUUCUGCUAACUCGUGCUCUAAAUUUUUCCCUCUCACUUCACCCGCAGCUACUGCAAAGCCAACAAUAGCAUAA